CGGGCGAGUGUCAAAAUGAUGGAGUCAGACAUAUUGAAGAUCGUCUGCGCCAAUCAAGGAUCAAUUAAAACUGAUUAUUUGUUAUUGAAUCUUGGAUUAGGCGAUUCAAUUUAUGAUGUCAUUAAUGACCAAGAUAAAUUAGCUUUGUGUUGUCCUUACGGGCAGCCGAAGGUGGUGGCCAGGACCAGACUGAAACUGUGUAGAGUCAGAGAGUGUCCGGGAUCAUGCGGGGCGCUGCACCUGUGUAAAAAGUUCCUCCUCACCGGAUCCUGUCCGUUCGUUCGGUCGAGGACAGGAUGCAGAUUUUCCCAUGACCUGGACUCUGAUCACAAUGUGAGGUUACUGCGAGUGCACGAGCUGGAGAGUCUGAGCCGGACCGAGCUGAGCACACUGCUGCUGCAGAGCGACAACUGGCUUCUGCCUGAUAUAUGUCAUAACUACAACAAUGGUGGCGGAGAGUUUGGCCUGUGUCAGGAGGGUUUCGCCUGCAAGAGACUGCAUAUCUGUGAGAGGUUCCUGAACCGCGACUGCAGCUGCUCCAAGGCUCAUGAUUUUAAUGCUCCACAGCCAUACAAGAGCCUGCAGGAGAAAGGCGUGCCUGAAGACCUCACUCAUUCCUUGAAGUCUGUUUAUGCAAACAAAUUGGCUUUGAAGUACACUGACAGAAAGCAACCAAACUCCUCCACCAGGGAAUUCUCUGCUAACCCUGAUGGACCGAACAGAAGGCCAAGGCCUGUCAGAGGUAAACUACACCAGCUGAAAAAGCUUUUAUUAAAACCGUUUUCUAAAAAUAACUGUAAAAUCUACACUUUACAGUACUCUUACUGUUUGUUUCCUGCAGAUAAAACUGAGAUCUGCAUGUUCUUCAUCAAAGGAAACUGUAUACGUGAGGAGCGAUGUUUUAAAGCUCACGACAAGAUGCCGUACAGAUGGGAAGUCAGAGAGGACAAUCAGUGGACCGCCUUGACUGAUAAUGAAAACGAGGCGAUUGAGAAGGACUUCUGCGACCCUAAAAACACUUACAGUCAGCACCCCUACAGCACCCCACCUGUGCAUUUUGACACAAUGACCCGUGGAUCGAACAAAGUCCGACGUCUCUCUACCACAAACUCUUUGCUUGAGCCAACCUUCAUCCACACCACUGAGUGGGUUUGGUACUGGGAGGAUGAGUCCGGAACGUGGAACAUGUACGCUUCAGCUGCUCGUGGAGGCAAAGUAUCAGACAUAGACUGUCCUACACUGGAGCAAAGGUUUCUGGACAAUGACACAGAUGUGGUGGAGUUCACCGCUGGUUCCCAGUCCUACUCACUCAGUUUCCCAGACAUGAUACAGACAAACAAGCAGUACGGCACCAAGAGGCUCGUGAAAAGACGUCCACUGUUUGUCUCUGCAACUGAUGUCAAAACAAAGAAAGUGAGAAGGCCUCUUGGUAUACAAAGUUUGGCCGCUGUACCCGGCCACUGGGACAAGACGCAGAUUCCUCAAACAGGAUACAAGCGAGUCCCCCUGCAGCGCUCCUCGGAUGAAUUUAAGGAGAUUGAAAGUCUUUUCUGUAAAACCAUGCGAGGCUUUGACAUUGUCCAAAUUGAGAGGAUUCAGAACAAAGCUCUUUGGGAAGUCUUUCAGUGGUAGUUACUUUGCCCGUGAUGCAAAAUACUCCCACAGCUACACCGGUGACUCUGAUGUCAAAUCCUUGUUCAUCUCACGGGUGCUGGUGGGAGAUUACACCAGAGGGUCCUCCAACUACGUCCGACCUCCUUCCAAGGACGGCGGAGACAUAAACUUCUUUGACAGUUGCGUCGACGACGUUAUAUCCCCUUCCAUCUUUGUUGUGUUUAAGGAGCACCAAAUCUACCCCGAGUACCUGCUGCAGUACAAGACCACGCAACCGCCCGUCAACUUAUUUGGUUAUGCGUCUGUACCGGCACCACGACCAGUACUGCCACCCAAACCAGCACUGCCACCCAAACCAGCACUGCCACCCAAACCAGCACUGCCACCCAAACCAGCGCCCAAACCCACCACAUUGGUUAAAUCCAGCACAGCCUUAUACCAGUCCAGUACAUUUGUUUAUAAAUCCAGCACAGCCUCAAUACCAGAGCCGGUCCACUAUCGGCAAGGUGCAUAUGGCCCCCCAAAGUAGGGGGGUCCCCGCCCU